GCCGUCCUGAGACGCCGCCGCGUGGGCGUGGCUAUCCGCUUUGCCGCAGCCCCAGGUCACCACGAUCUCCCCGGUCAAUACGAUCUCCCCGGUCUCCACGGUCCCCGCGGCCCCGCGACCCUAGGCCAUGGCCCCCGCGGCCGCCAGCCCCCCGGAGGUAGUCCGCGCGGCGCAGAAGGACGACUACUACCGCGGCGGGCUGCGGAGCGCGGCGGGCGGCGCCCUGCACAGCCUCGCGGGUGCGAAGAAGUGGCUGGAGUGGAGGAGAGAGAUUGAGCUGGUGUCGGAUGUCGCCUACUUUGGCCUCACUACACUGGCAGGCUACCAGACCCUCGGGGAGGAGUACGUCAGCAUCGUGCAGGUGGACCCGACCCAGGGCCGAGUGCCCUCGAGGUUGCGCCGCGGGGUACUGGUGGCGCUGCACACCGUCCUGCCCUACCUGCUGGACAAGGCCCUGCUCCACCUGGAGCACGAGCUGCAGGCCGAUGGCGACGGCGCCUGGCCCUCGCAGGGCAGCCUGGCCCCCGGUGCCCGUGGCCAGUCGGGGGCAAGGCGCUGGGUGCGCCGGUGCACGGCCGCCCUGACGGAACAGCAGCAGGGGACGCUCCUGCGGGCUGUGCUGGUGCUCAGGCAGGGCCUCGGGUGCCUCCAGCGUCUCCACGUCGCCUGGUUCUACAUCCAUGGCGCCUUCUACCACCUGGCCAAGAGGUUCACAGGCAUCACCUACCUCCGUGUCCGCCACCCGCUCGCAGAGGACCCUCGGGCCUGUGCCAGCUACAGGUUGCUGGGUCUCGUGUCCCUGCUGCACCUGGCACUGGCCGCGGGCCUGCAGCUCUACGGCUUCCGGCAGAGGCAGCGCGCCCAGAGGGAGUGGAGGCCGCAGCGUGGCCUGUCCCACCGCAGGAGCUACGCAGAGGAGAGAGCAGUUUCCAGAACCUCGCUGUGCACCCUGUGCCUGGAGGAGCGCAGGUACUCAACGGCCACGCCCUGCGGCCACCUGUUCUGCUGGGGCUGCAUCACCCACUGGGCCGACACCAAGAUGGAGUGUCCCCUCUGCAGGGAGAAGUUCCUCCCCCAGAAGCUGGUCUACCUGCGGCACUACCGCUGACCCGACGGAGGGAGGAACCCAGGAGUCUUUCCUGAUGUCCGGAGGAAGUUUAUUCUCAAGGUUGACAAGUUGACUUUACUUGCACAGAAAUCGUGAAACUCUCAAGUCUUUUAUUCUUUGUCACAUAAGAUACCGUGCCAGCCGCCGAGGAGGACAGGCGCUGGACCUGGACCUGGCCGUGAAAUGGCUUCAGGGCAGGUUGGGCAGGGCCUGCAUGGCUGCCAGCCAGACAGCUCAGCACUUAAACAGAACUUCCCUCCCUUCCCCAAACCGGUCAUUUCUAUCCAACACCCUGCACACAGUGAGGGCGGGGCCAGACGGGCCAGGACUGAGCAGGCGCUGAGAACCAGCGGCGUGCCUUCCCGGCGUGGUCGGUCUUCCAGCCCCAACGACCCACAAACCUUAACCCUUGUCACCAGAGCUGGCUUUUGGGGCGAGGGGGCACAGCCCUUCCCGGAAAGCAAGGAGCCGUGAUCGCCCCCUAACACAUUUGGCAGGUGCCUUCUAAUAAAUGUCAAGUUUGUUUCCCGUUUUAGAAAAUGGAGGGCCUUCCUGGUGGCGCAGUGGUUAAGAAUCCACCUGCCAAUGCAGGGCACACGGGUUCGAGCCCUGGUCCGGGAAGAUCCCACAUGCCGCGGAGCAACUAAGCCCGUGUGCCACAA